UCGUAUCACCUUUGUGUUAUUUAAAAGCAGUAAACGCAGGCGGAAGACUACAGAGCAGCAUGUCUCGAAAAGGGGCAUCGUCGACGGAACCUCUCAAGCAGAUGAGUUUAAGAAACUUCAUCGCGAAGAAAGAAAACAGCAAACUAUCCAGCACACCACCGGCAGAAAAGGAACCACAAAUAUCCUCGACUACGAACCCGGAUGCUACGAUCUCGCCCAGCAUUUUCAAACCCAAAGCACCUUCGUCGCGCGCAACAGCUUCGACCGUCGUAAAUUUACUGCUUACCGAUUCGGAUGAUUCGAAUAGUUCCCCGCGAAAAGCGACUUCCGAACGGAAUCGGCUCUCUCCGCGCAACAUCUUCAAGCAACAAAUCGUCGAACCGAGCAGUAAGGCCGGUGAGGCACUGGAUGAGUUCGAUUUGAUGGUAGAGAAUUACCCCGUUCCCGGUGGUUCUAUCGAUCAGUCGAAAACGAUCGAGCUGAAUCUUGCCGAAGACUCCCGGUAUGUGGAGGCCACCAAGAAGCUGCAGGAGAACCUGCAGAAACUUUCCAACAGCCCGGCAAAGAUCACACCCAAGUUCCAGUACAAACAACCGAAAGCAUCUCGCUUUUCGUUCGAUCUGAAAGGCGACCAUGUGCUCGGGAACCAAUCGGAUGAGGAUGAUAUUUUCGAGCGUAAGAAGAAACCGGGUUCCACCUCAACACCCGUCCUAGCUGCCCCCGCACCGACGGAUAGUACACCUGCGGCGGCAACACCUCAACCACGUAACAAUCUGUUCACUGCUAAUGCCACACCAAAGGUGCAAUCACAUACAGCGAGUGUUGGGAAUGUGCUACCGAAACUGAACAAAUCAUCCGAGUUGAACCGGUUGCUAAGCCCUACGAAGAGCACCCACAGCAUCCACUUCGAUGAGGGCCUGCCGGCCUUUCUCGAUGAAGUAAACAGUAAUCCAGCCUUUAACUCGAAAAGCCUGCACGAGCGGGACAUUCGAAAAAAUGGGCGUUUUCUGUCGGAUGCGCGCCUCGGUUUGUUGGAAAGGUUUUAUGAUUUGAUCGCACAAGUGCCAUCGGAGGCAUUACGGCAAGUAGAUCGCAACUUCGACGUUGAUUGCUACGAUCGCCUCAAAACCACGAUUGAUAGUGUUCGUGGGAAAAUUAAGGUGAAUGAGCGAGUGCUGGAGAACAUGCGACGAUUGAGUAAAUCGAAAUCCACGCCAACCAACCCCAGUAAAGGAACACCAGUGCAAUCAGACAAGGUACCGAUCGUGUAUGAUCUUUCGUUCGACGGCGAAGCAGAUGAACUGGAAAGUGAUUACAUCGAAAGCACACUAGCGUCUGUGGCUGACCGGACAAAGGAUACAGUAUCACACUCACCAGCCCCUGUAACACUACCGAAGGCGACUCCGACUGCAACCAGAUCCAUUUGCUCCAGUGUGCCAACGCCAAAACCAACUGGAAGUGCAUUUGUCUUUAAAAAGCCUAUCGCCGGUUCCCUGCUCAAUACUUCGGAAGCUGCACAACGGUUGAGUGUUUCGAAUUCAGCUGCCGUCAAUAUCGACGAUGAAGAUGAUGAUUUGAUGAACGAGGAGGACAUACUGAACAGCUUACACGAAGCCGAACUGAUUGAUCGAGGAAAAUCGGUGCAAACAUCGCUCAACACGAUCGAUCUCGUUACACCGGACUCUUCACUAAGGAGACCUAAUACAUCACGGAUCACCUUUCCAGUUGAAGCGGUGCCUAAUGCCGUCCCUGCCCCAACGAUGGCCCCACGGAAUACACAAUUCAUUGAGGAAAUUCAUUCGCAGGUCGAUGAUGAUGGUUGGCAAGUGUACGAUGCGUCCAUGUUCGAUGAAUCAAUUGAGGUCAUACCGGACGAAAGCCUGCCUGCCGCACCGUCCAAAAACACCAAUACAGGCGAUGCUCCGAUAACAGUCCCGGCGACGGGCACCGAAAUCGGACGGUUUCAUGAGGGUGUGCGGAACGAUGGGAUUACGGGGGAGUUCGACGGUAUGAGCUAUCCUCACUCGAGCCGUCUGCAGAUGGUGUUCAAGGAAACGUUCGGUUUGCGCACCUUCCGGCCAAACCAGCUGCAGGUGAUCAAUGCUACGCUGCUUGGUAGAGAUUGCUUCGUGCUGAUGCCGACCGGCGGUGGUAAAUCGCUCUGUUAUCAGCUGCCGGCACUGCUGACCACCGGCGUAACGAUCGUGGUGAGCCCGCUAAAGUCGCUGAUUCUGGAUCAGGUGCAGAAACUGAACACGCUCGACAUACCGGCGGGCAGUUUAUCGGGAGAGGCACAGUUGGCCGACGUGCAGCGCAUCUACGAUGACCUGUACAGUAGCUGUCCUGUGCUGAAGCUGUUGUACGUGACACCGGAGAAGAUAAGCUCGUCGGCAAAGUUCCAGAAUCUGUUGAGCGCGUUGCACCGACGUCGUCAGCUGGGGCGCAUUGUGAUCGAUGAGGCGCACUGCGUUUCGGCCUGGGGCCAUGACUUUCGACCGGAUUACAAGCGGCUGUACAUGCUACGCGAACAGUUUCCCGAUGUACCGAUCAUUGCACUCACCGCUACGGCCAAUACGCGCGUCCGGAUGGAUGUGAUAACGCAGCUUAAACUGCAACCCGAUACGCGCUGGUUUUUGAGUAGCUUCAAUCGGCCAAACCUGAAGUACCUGGUGCUUCCGAAGAAGGGCGCAACGACGAAAGGUGAAAUGAUCAACUUGAUAAAGGCAAAGUUCGCCCGGGACACCGGUAUCGUUUACUGUCUGUCGAAGAAGGAAUGCGAUCAGCUAGCGACUGAAUUCCGGAAGGCGGGAAUUAAGGCAAAGAGCUAUCAUGCCGGCUUGACCGAUACGGUACGCGAGGCAACGCAAAAGGAGUGGAUCAGCGACCGGAUUAAGGUGGUUUGUGCAACGAUCGCGUUCGGUAUGGGCAUCGACAAACCAGAUGUGCGUUACGUGCUGCAUUACUGCAUGCCGAAAUCGAUCGAGGGUUACUAUCAGGAAUCGGGCCGUGCUGGACGGGACGGUGAGAUCGCGACAUGCAUCCUCUACUACAACUAUUCGGAUAUGCAGCGCUACCGGAAGAUGAUGGACAAUGAUACAACCAUUUCGUUUGAGGCCAAACAAAUUCACAUGAACAAUCUGCUGCGGAUGGUGAACUAUUGCGAAAACGUUACGGAUUGCCGGCGCACCCAGCAGUUGGAGUAUUUCGCCGAGUACUUUACGAGUGAGCAGUGCCUGUCCAGGCGGGAAACGGCUUGUGAUAAUUGUCUGAUGCAGGGUGAGUACCGCACGCUCGACGUCACGGACGAUUGUAUCAUGCUGGCGAAGGCGGUACGAGAAAUAUGCGGCGGUCGCAGUCGUUUCACGCUACUCCACAUGGUCGAGGUGCUAAAGGGGAGCGAAAAUAAGAAGGUGCUGGAAAAUGGCCACAAUCGUACGCCAUACCAUGGCAAGCUGAAGGCCUGGGAACGCUGUGACAUUCAGCGGUUAUUGCGCAAGUUAGUGCUGGAGGACUACUUGAAGGAGGAUCUUAUCUUUAGCAAUGAUAUCCCGCAGGCGUACCUGCGCAUUGGUAGCAAGAUCGAGCAGCUAGUGUCGCGACGGGUACGAAUCAACUUCUCUAUCAAGCAGAAACAGCUGGCGAAGAGUGGAAGGGCGGUCGUAACGUCGGCGACUCCAACUGCAUCGACCACCGAUACGCAGUUGGCGGGAAAGCUGAAGGAUCUACAGACGCGCUGCUACAACGAUCUGCUCGAAGUGUGCCGUGCGUUUGCGAUGCAGCGUGACGUGACGCUUGCUUCGAUCAUGAACAUUCAGGCACUGAAGACGAUGUCCGAGAAGCUGCCGGAAUCUGCCGCCGAGAUGAUGUCAAUGCCGCACGUUACCAAAGCCAACUACGAAAAGUAUGGUAAACCGUUGCUCGAAAUCACCCAGAACUAUGCGGCCGAAAAGCUGUGCCUGCAGAUGGACGCACAGGAUGACGUGGGUGCUGGUGGUGGGGAAGGCGGUGACAGUGACUACAGUGGCGGCAGUGAUUAUGAUAAUGCGGAUGGACUGGAUUGGGGCUCGCUGGCUCGGGCUGCCUCUUCGCAGGACGGUGCCGGUGGUAGUGGUGGUCGCAGAGGGUACAAAAGACAACGGAGCUGGGGUGCUGGCGGUGCCGGUGGUACCGAGAAACGAACCAAGCGAGUCCGACGUGGUACGGGCAGACGGAAAGCGUCGAGCAGGGGGGCUGCAACUCCUAAGGCGGGAUCAGCGGCAUCGAGCAGUAAGCGUGCACCAUCUACAGCUGCCCGAGGCGGUAGGGGUGGUGCAGCACGUGGCCGUGGUGGAAAAGGAUCCAGCUCCACGGCCGGAAGAGGCGCAGGAGGUGCUACAGGAUUUGGACUGCUACCGAUGCCCGGUGGUUACUGAGAUUAGUGUCUUUACAGUUUGUUUUCUAUGUUUGAACGUGAGGGCUGUCCACCAUUCAAUAAAUGUGACAUACAU